ACCGGAAGCCACUUCCGGCGAGUGUGCCACGUCAGAGGAGGUUGUGGCCGAGCCGGUAACGGGCCGCCGGGUCGGAGCUGGACGGGAUGGCGGACUGGGCUCGGGCUCAGAGCCCCGGCGCUGUGGAGGAGAUUCUAGACCGGGAGAACAAGCGGAUGGCUGACAGCUUGGCCUCCAAGGUCACCAGACUCAAAUCGCUGGCUCUGGACAUUGAUAGGGACGUGGAAGACCAGAACCAGUACCUGGACGGCAUGGACACGGAUUUCACGAGUGUGACGGGCCUCCUCACGGGGAGCGUGAAGCGCUUUUCCACAAUGGCACGGUCUGGGCGAGACAACCGGAAGCUUCUGUGUGGUAUGGCCGUGGGCCUGAUCGUGGUCUUCUUCAUCCUCUCCUACCUCCUGUCGAGGGCAAGGACGUGAGCCAGUGGGAGCUGGCUUCUGCCGGUGCCUCGGGCAAGCACGGUCCGCCUCUGCCUGGCGUCCUGGGCCAGAGGACUUAACGACAGAAUACUCCUUUGAAACGAUGAUUGUGGCUUAGGAAUCUUGUUCCUGUGUGGCUGGGAGCCUCUGACCCAGUGAGCUUGUGUUAGCUGGUCCCGUGUGUGCAAGGGGCCCAUCUUCAUGGGGUAACCAAGGCCCACUUCCUCUGCCACCUUGGAUGCUAGAAGCCCCAGCAGAGUCAGGUCCAAGCAGAGCAGCUGGGAAUCCUGGACAUGGCCACCUGUGAGCAGCAGCUCUUCCCCGGCCCUCGAGUUUCUGAACAUCUCAAGGCUCUCCUACGCUGUUCUUGUCUGGAUAAGGCCACGUCUGGUAUUUGAGAUGCCUGGAGCUGACCCAGGAAGGGGGUGUGGCGGUGAACCUCAGAUCAUCGCUGUCACCCUCAACCGAGUGUUCUCAACCCAGAGAUGGCAGUUGCUCCUGCCCAGAGCUGCUGGGCAUCCGCGGACCAGUGAGAGUCAAGGGUCCUGCCGAGAGGCCUCUUCCUGCCUUCCAAUCCCACAGCUGAAGCCCGACCCUCAGGGAAGGGCAGGGGUUGUGGAUGGAGGAGGGAACUGCAGCCUUCGCUGAAAGCAUGGGGCUCACACUCUGGUGAUCUCCCAGCCGUGUAUCCAGGUGCAGAAAGUGAUAUUUUCUCACGAUUCAAGAUCUAUCCAGCACCAGAGAUCUAUUUCCAGGAGACCAGAUCUCUAGAAACAAGUCCAUCUGGCAUUUCAGAGUCAGGCAGGGUGUGAGGAGGGACUUUUGUGGGUAUAGACAGGAGGCUUCCAAGUAAGGACUCUUCAUAGGACCUGUAGGUCAGUUUCUGAGGGUCAGCGGGCAGUUUCCACCACGCCCGGCCCUUCCACUGCGGUGUCUGCCCACCUCUCCCUGGGCCCUCAGCGCCCACUUGGUCAGUCCCCUGCUCACUCGAACCUCGAACUGAACCACAGGCCCAGCCAGACCAGUGGCUUCUUACCCCACUGAGACCCCAGUAUCCUUGUCUUCACAAAAAACACUUGUAAGAAACGAAUCAUCGGCCCUGUGUCCUUCCCUGCCCUUGUUCCGACCUUCUGGUUUCCUGGUCGGCCCCCUGUCCCCCUCCCCGCACGCUGCUGUCACGUGUGGUCACGCACGUCAGCCACAGCCUGGGGCCGGUCGGCUCUGGUACUGCGGCUCCGGCUCCUCCUCCCCUCGCUCUCCACCCAGCAGGCCCGGCUGCUCCUCGCACGCUUGCCCGGGUGCCCUCUCCCUGCCGCUGUGCCUGUGACCUGAGCGCGCUGUCUCCCUCCUGUGUGUGCGUGUGUCUCCCCCGGUGAGACUGCCUUGCUUGUCUCCGAGUCUCUGGGGCUUGGCUGUUUCCCUCUUCUCCUGGACGUUCCUUCACGGUCCUCUGCGGUCUUGCCUUGACCGCCCCCCCCGUCCUGUGUACUGCGGCUUUGGCUUCUCCUGCUCAUCUCACAUUGAACCUUGUCACGGGGACCUGUCCUCUGGUCACCAAGCUCCACAGCUGCUGCCUGUGCAGCGUCUCCAUCUGGUCGCCGCAGGCCCUGCAGAUACACCCAGACCUGAGCUCCGCGGCGCCCACCUUUUCUGGGCCUGCUAACCUUGCUUCCUGAGAACGUGGCUCGGCCAUGGCAACCAUCCCCCCCCCCCCAGAUGCUUUUAUGUGGUGUGCCCCCUCGUCUUGCCAAGGCAGACCAGGAAUUUAGAGUUUGCAUUCAGGGUGGCACACCGGUUGCUGUGUUCUCUCCUCAGGUCUCCGUCUGUGCCUCCCCACUUCUCCACCUCCACGGCUCUUUGCAGCCCUUCCAGCUAUGUGGGGGUCUGGGUUUUAGUUUCUUUCUGGUUUACCUUCUUGCUUCUUACUCUCAUCGUGUUAGAUGAAUUCCUGAAGGGAGCAUGGCAGCCCUGCUGCCGCUGUGUCAGCAGGGUUUCCUGUGGGGCCUUCACCCUCCUGCUCAGCCCUGUACACUGAGCACCUAAUCCUGUGGGCAAGUGGGGUUUGCCGAUGUUGAUCCCGGAGACCGUAAAACAGAAGGACUUGGCGCCUCGCUCUGUGCCAGGUGAGGAUGAACUGCCAGGCUCUAUCCCAUAAUUCAAGGACAAGACAUUUAGCAAUAAAAAUUUGGAAUAAACAGCU